GCUGCGGUAGCUCUAGCCAGCUAAGGCGAGCAAAGGGUGGAUCUAGGCGGCUGGUGGGAGUUUGGAAGUGCAACCAUGGAGUGGUAGUGUAGUUCUCUUUAUCUCAGUGUUAUUCCUCUCAGAAGAGUUUGGGGUUCCACUGUUGCCUGAAGUUACCAAAAAGUGUUUGCCUUGAUGUGUGUAUGGAGGCUGUUGGGAAGUGACAGCUUGUGUGGGGUGUGGCUGAACGGCUGUUUACAGACUUAGCUGUUGUGAAGGUUCUUGAACUCUAUUCUGUAUUGCUUUUCUUGCCCGGGGAUUCACGCCCAGACUACGAUUACCUUGUGGUUUGUGCUCAGGGAUGUCCCUUCCACACCCAGCCCACUGAGCCCUGAGGCUGCUUGCAGGUGCAGUGUUUUCAUUUGGGUGGAACUUUAUGGCCUAUGAAACUUGAGGGUCCCAGAAAAGGGUUAAACUCUGGAGGUACUAUGCUUCAGUGAACUUACUGUUUUAAGUUCUCAAAUAACACCAGUCAGUAUCUGAAGAAGGGAAGACCUAGGUCGGGGUCUCCUGCACUGAGGUUUACCGGCAAGGUUGAGCAAGGAGGAGUCACUGUCCAGAUGUCCAGUGUGAGAGGACAGAGGUGCCCAGACCUUUUCUGUCAGUCUGAAUGGGUGGUCCAGGGUCGCUGGUACCUUGAGACUGUCCAUUGCAGUGGGUACUUGGAAGGCUGAGUUGGAGGCAGCAGGUCCAGAUCAGCUUCUCUGGGCUUCUUCCUCAGGCUCUGGAAAGCUCUCUGAACUGUAUCCUUCAGCACAGUCGUCCCCCAAAACUGUCUGCCUAGUCACUGCGUGUCCCUUGCAGAAGCCAGGCAGGUAGCUGGAAGCAUUGGCUUCUCCUGCCACCUGCCCUUCCCCCUUAAGCAUACAUGAGUAUACACAUGCACGUUUGCGCGCGCGCGCAAACACACACACACACACACCUUUGAUCAGGAGGCAAUUGGCUGCACUUGUGCUGAGUUCAGGCCUUUGGCGGAGGGUGAAAUCUGUUGAGGAGGCACUUUUCAGCUCCGGGGCCGCCACGCUCUGCACUUUUCUGUGCGAUCUCAGGAAGUCACCGUUUUGAGCUCAGCAGUCUGUAUAAGUAAGGGAAGCUCCUGUUAGAGCUGUCCCCCCCUUACCUUGUCUUAAGCUCCCAGUGUGAAUAGACAGAUGCCCUUCAGACCUCUAGAUCUGAGUUCUGCCUUUGUCUUUGAUCUAGCAGGACUCUUGCCUCUGGAAGUGCUCUCGUGGUAAUCUAGCCCUGUAGAAGUGUCUGGUUUGCCUGCUCAGUGUUUGCUUGUAGCCACACCUCCUGUCCAAGGCUAAGAUCAGUAGCUAAGGCUGAGAGGACGGUAGUGCUGCCCCGGCCUCAGUUCUUCUGAUAAAGUGGACCAACUCCCCGCCCAGCACAUUCUUGCCUGAAGUACUCACAGCCUUCAGCCUCCUGAAAGAGACCUGCAACAACCUCGCCUGCAGAGUGCCUGCUCACUGUGUCCCCCGGGUUAUGACGACCCCUAGUAAAGGAAACAAGGCCUUAAAGGUGAAGCGGGAGCCGGGCGAGAAUGGCACCAGCUUGACUGAUGAGGAGCUGGUGACCAUGUCAGUGCGGGAAUUGAACCAGCACCUGCGAGGCCUGUCCAAGGAAGAAAUCAUCCAGCUGAAACAGCGCCGACGCACACUCAAGAACCGCGGCUACGCGGCCAGCUGUCGAGUGAAGCGGGUGACACAGAAGGAGGAGCUGGAGAAGCAGAAGGCGGAGCUGCAGCAGGAGGUGGAGAAGCUGGCCUCAGAAAACGCCAGCAUGAAGCUGGAGCUUGAUGCGCUGCGCUCCAAGUAUGAGGCUCUGCAGAACUUUGCCAGGACCGUGGCCCGCAGCCCCGUAGCCCCUGCUCGGGGGCCCCUUGCUGCUGGCCUGGGGCCCCUGGUCCCUGGCAAGGUGGCUGCCACCAGCGUCAUCACAAUAGUAAAGUCCAAGACGGAUGCUCGGUCGUAGGGACACGUGCAGUUGCCAGGCAGGUCUAUGAGGGGCCACUAGGUGUGUGGCACGGUUGGCAGCCCCGUCCCUCUUUCUUUUCCCUUCCUUUCUCCUCUCCCUUCCCUCUUUCCUUCCCUGCAAAGCACAACCUGCACCCAGGGGCACCGGGCUGAGCCCCCGAUCAUCUUUGUUGUCACGCCUGUGUUUUGUACGUUGGGAUCGGUCAGUUCAACAGUGAUGUUGGGUUGCCCCUAACCUCUGUACCAAGGCCGUGCAGGCUGGGAGUCCAGGGUGGGCACUGUGGGAGUGGAUGAGCGUGCAAGGGGCAGGUGACUGGGCUCAGGUCUGCCCUGUCUCCCUGCUGGUCUGCAGUGGGACUUGAGCGCUUUCUUUUCAGAUGUCCAAUGGGCCUCUCAGCUUGAUCCAGAAGGAAGGGAUGGGCUCUGCCCUGAAAAGUGGUUCUGUCUUGAAGCCCAGGUGGGUGGGCCCCGGCCUGGGCACUGGGGCAGGAACCAUGGUGCUGGAGCCUGGCGCAGUGCACCGGAUAAGACCAAAUCGCUGGCUGUGAGUGUGGGUGGAGGUGUGUCGGUGUGUCCUGCGGUGGGUCCGGUGUCACUGUUUACAUGACCUAUCUGUGUGGUUAUAUAGCCCUUUAUUUAAAAGAGAAGUUCCUUUUACGGAGUUAUUAAAUUAUAUGUUUAAGAGCUAAAAAGAAAAAAAAGCUGCAGAGUAUUUAUAAAAUUGUCUUAAAAAACAAAAACAAAAAAAAAAUUUGACCGUAUAAAUGGAAAAGGGAAGAAAGUAUAGUAGAAACUUUGCUAGUUAAAAAAAAAAUCCCUUUCUUGUAAACCUGGGGACAGCUCUGUGGCUGUUGGAGUUUAGUUUUUAUACGCAGAGUUAUCAGACAUUACUUAUAAAACUUAGUUUAAAAAAAGAAAAAGAAAAAAAAAAAGCCAAGCUGCGAGCCUACCAGAGGCCGUCCUCUUUGAUAUCUCUUUUGCAAUUGUACCGAAAGUGACUUAUGCUCCUUUGCCCUUCCUGCUUCCGUCUUGCCGGUGCCGUGGUGUCGUCCGUGCCUGGUGAGGUUUUGUGCAGCCGUAAAGUGCUGGUGCUUCUGGUGACCUUUGACCUGUGGCUGUCCCUGUGUUUUGUGUGUGUGUGUAUGUGUGUUUGUUUUUGGAUUUUGUUGCAGUUUUGCUUCUGCUGGCUUGCUGGGCCCAGGCAGAGCGUACUCCGCUGGAGUACGGAAAGCUGUCCGCCGGCUCUGCCGGCUCGUGUUCUGCUGCACUUGUCCAUUCCUCUGCCACGUGGGCUGUCUGAGCCUUGGCUUGGCAUUGUGGGUCUAGGGCUUGGGUUAAGGCAGUGGCAGAGUAAGUGAAGCCUGGAGCUGUCAACCCCCAUGCUGCUUCCACACCCACCACCUCUGGCCCUGGGUGGUGACAUUGCAGGGAUCAAGGUGUCACUGUGGGUGCCCACAGGGCUGUGGCCUACCUGUCCUUGGCUGUCUUCCUUCUGGCCUCAGUUUAGUUCCUAGAGGCUUCAUUGGGGCCUCCACUGGGCUUCCCCAGGGGCCUGCCUUGUCGGUUGGGAGUCCUGUCACUCACGUGUUUCUAAAACCCCGUUAUGUGGGGUGUUUUUUCCCAGGUAGGUGGGUUGGGGGCCCCACUGGGGGCAACCAUUCUUCUCUCUGUCACUGUGAGAGCCGGAGGCCUCCACCAUCGAUCGCCAGAUAAGGGCUUUGGCCCUGAGGCCAGGCCUGUUCUUCCUGUGUCUGCAGCUCUUGGUUCUGGGCCCUUACUCUGCCUCCUUCAGGAUCUGCGUCUUCCAGGGAUCCGCUGUUCCCCUUGGAGGUGCUUCUGCAGGUCCCAAGCCUGCCUCCUCACCCCAGCAUUCCAGUGGAGGAUACCCACCUUCCAGGCUUGGCUCAGGAAGCUCUUCGGAGGCGGAUACCCACCUGCAAGGGGCUACAGCCCUGUGUGGUCACGUGGCCUGUGGCCUCCUGCUGACAUAGCUGGUGUCUUCUCUGGGGGCCCUGGAUCCCUGAAAAGCACAGAUAUGUGGUCCGGUGAAAGGACAGACUGUGGCCUGACAGGCCUUUACCUCGUAGGCAGCAGGGUUUUCACUCGGUUUGACCCGGCGUGCAGGGCUCUGGGAGCAGGACCUCUGCACCUGGCAUUUAUGUGGUGGGCAGCUUAGGCCCAAGGUGCUCAGACACACCCACUGGUGCCUGAGUCAGACAUGAGUGGAAAUCUGGACUGUUGAUUCUAAGCUACCAGGUGACCUCAUCCCCUCCCUUUGGUUCUUUAACUGGUACCCGAAGGAGUUGCUGGUGCCGACUGCGGCAGCAGAGCUGGUGUGGAUUAUGCCCAUGCCUAGAGGAGGAGAGAAACAGGCUUUCUGGGGUUUUUGGUACUGGCAGGGCUGAGGAGCAUAGCUGAGGAUGGCCCUCUGUGCAUAGGCCCAUCCUGCUAGGGGGAUGAGGAAGAGGAGGCUGAGGCUGGGCGUGUGUUAAAAUCUAGUGGUAGGUCUUUGCUUCUGAACAGGAUAGAGCCAUGCGCGAGGCUUUCAGGUUUGCAGCAUCUGCUUCUCGAGUCUGGGAACUUUUCCUGGUGAGCCAGCUCUGCAGCUCCACCCCGUCCCUUCCCCUUGAUUUCCUGACAGUAAAUCCCGUGUCUAGUUGUGACUGUUGGCUGUUUUUCUGAUCAUUGUUAAUUCCGAUUUCCUGUGAGGGUGUUUGACUUUCUGACACAGCGAGUGGAGAGCUUGGGCUAAGGCCAGGUAUCCCACACUUCUCCGCUAAGUAAACCACAAUGUGUGACUCCCCUCCUCCCUUGACUUUGCCUGACUGCUUCCUUGGACGCAGACACUCAGAUUCCCAAGAAAAUCCCCAGGAGAUGGGUCAGUUUCCUCUGUAGAGAGUGGUCCCAGAGAGUCCUCCCCUCCCAUGUGUCCAGCUGCUGCUCUGGGUGUCACACCAUCCUUGCCACAUGGGAGUCAUGGCAACACUGAGCUGUUACACAGGAUCACUACCAUCCCAGCCUCCAGCAGGCUGUUCUCAGUACAUCUCUCAGGUCUGUGUGCUCUGUGUUAGCAGCAGCCUUGGUGUUCAGGGCCAGGGUUUGCAGGCUCGAUAAGUUUCUGCCCACUUGGAGAUGGUGAGGCCACUUCCCUGUCACCUCCUUCUUUGGUGUGGCCACUUGGCCAAAGCUCCCAUCCACAGCUGGGAUGUCUGAGCCACAGCCUGCUACACUGUUUCCGCUCUGGGAUCUUCUGAGUUACUUUUUUAGGCUGUGGUUUGGUGAAAGGAACCAACACAUUAACGAUCCCGGCCCCCCCCCCCCCCAGAAGCCACUGAAUAAUUCUUGGCAUGUUUUCUCAGUGCCGUUGGCUGCCUGGUUUGGGAGCAGUUGUGGAGAAGAGGACAGAAUCAGUACCACAGAGGCAUGGAUGUACGGGAGCUGCUCCCAGCUUGCCUGUUGCUGGCAUGUGUCCUGGUGUGUGCUGUACCUGCUGGGCCAGCUGCUCACAUAUGUAUCCUGCCCCUAGUCUCUGGAAGCGUGAGGGAGAGUGUUGUAGGAAGUGUCCCUGACAGGUUUCCUCGUUCUCUAUGGCCCUUCCAGCAACCUGAUGCCCCACCCUACUUUUCCUCCCCUUCUGUCUGCUAGUCUCUGAAGCCUUUAACCAAAUGGGAGUGGGUACAGAAAGCCUUCUCUUGGCAACUUAGGGCAACAGGACAAGGGCUAUUGUGUGUCCAGCUCUGUUGGUCUCCUGGUGCUGAGAGGUGUGUCCAAGCAGAGUUGAACAGCCCCUGCCUGCCCUGCAGGGCUGAAGCCAGGGGGAGGGUAGUAGAGAGUACCCUAAAUGGGGUGAGGGUCCUUAAACAUCCAAGUGAGCAGGGGCUGCGGUGUGGCUGUAAGGUGAGACCUUGUCUCCUGCACCUGGGUAGGGCCAUCGGGGAUCUGGCUGCAAGAUGUGGCCUGGACUUCGCGUCAGUGGAGAGCGAUCAGUCACCUGGCCUCAGCAGGCAGCAGCCUUGGUGCCCACCCGUGCCCUGCGCAGUAUUUAUUGCUAAAUUAUUGUCCAGGAGGGGCGGCACUGGGCCUGGCCCCCCGGGUAUUUAUUGCUGUACAUAGUGUAUGUUUGUGAUAUAUAAGGUUUUCUUUAUUUUGUAUAUGAUCAAUAAACGCCUUUUAAAGAGA